AUGAAGUUUUCUCAUUCUAUACAAUUUAAUGCUGUCCCGGAAUGGUCUUCGAAAUAUAUUGCAUACACGACAUUAAAGAAAUUGAUAUAUUCAUUACAAAGAGAUAGCUUAAGAAGAAACUACACCCAUGUAGAUGCUGAUGAGAAUGCAGAUUUAGAGGAGAAUGCUCAUUUAGUAGGUGAACAUUAUUCCAGUACGGCUCACUUGGAUGACAAUGAUAGCAACCCCGUCCGUGUAUUUGAAGCAGCAUUAAAUGCUGAAUUGAAAAAGAUUGAUUCCUUUUAUAAACAACAAGAACAAUUUCUAUUUAGGAGUAUUGAUGAUUUGGUUUAUGAUAUUGAAGUUUUUGAGCAAGAAAUUGCUGAGAAUUUGGAACAUGUUGGUAACAAAAAGUUCAAACCAAGACAUGAUAGAAUAAGAAGAUUUUCGACAACUUCAAAUGACAAUUACAUUACAAAUACUACCGAUCCAGAUACAGAAUUCACACAAGGAGAAGGUGAUGAUGAUCUCGAUGAUGAUGAGGGAGUUGAUAUCCAUGAAGAAAAUUAUAUUGAGGAGUUGGAAAGAGAUCGUGUUCUUGGGUCUCAACAACCAAGAGGGAGACAAGUGAAACGAGCUGCAUCGACACCGGUAGUUCCUCAAGGUGGAUCCACCAAUGAUGGUGGUGAAUUGCACCGUACCAAAUCAAUAGAUGACUAUUUGAGAUCACCAAAAUCACAACAGUUGUGGAAUGAGUUGACUAAUAUGACAACAACCGAUAAUAGAUUGCCACCACAGUUGCUUUUACUCACGGAAAGUCGAAUCAUUCUCAGAAAGAGAACCAUUGGCUUGUACACUACAUUAUCGGAAUUGAAAUCAUAUAUUGAGUUGAAUCAAACUGGUUUCAAAAAGGCCUUGAAGAAAUUUGACAAGUCAUUAAAUACCAAUAUUAAAGAGUCAUACUUAGAAUCAUUGCCAGAAAACUCGUAUAUUUUCAAAAAAAGCACCAUGCAAAAAGUCAAUGAGAGAUUAGAAUCAUUGAUUAAAUUGUAUGCAUUAAUUUGUAAUCAUGGUGAUGACUUGGAAACUGCAAGACAAGAAUUGUCAAUCCAUUUAAGAGAGCAUGUUGUUUGGGAGAGAAAUACUGUGUGGAGAGAUAUGAUUGGGUUAGAGAGAAAGACGUAUGCGGCGAAUUCCAAGUUGUUGGAUCGAGCAGAAGGUGCCACUAGUGAUAAAGAAACUGAUUUGAAAGCUAGUGGUGGGAGUUUGAGCUCGUUUAAUAUAUCAAUAGGGAACCCUGUGCUUGUCAAAUUGGUUAUCAUUGCAACAAUAACAAUUAUUUUACUCAAUAUAUCUCCAUUUGAUGAUGUUGCACAGAAAAAUUGUUUUGCGAUGUUGGUGUGUGCUUCACUACUUUGGGCUACUGAAGCUAUUCCGUUGUUUGUGACGUCAUUGUUGAUACCUCUAUUGAUUGUAUUUCUCAAUGUCAUCAAGAAUGAUGAUGGCUCUAUAAUGGAUUCAGUUGACGCAUCCAAAUUUAUUUUAAGUACCAUGUGGAACUCGGUGAUUUUGUUGUUAUUAGGUGGGUUCACUUUAGCAGCAGCAUUGUCUAAAUACCACAUUGCUAAGUUAAUGUCAACGUGGAUCUUGUCAAAAGCCGGGACCAACCCAUCAGUGGUAUUGCUCACCAUUAUGGGCGUUGCAUUAAUUGCAUCGGCAUUUCUACUGAACGUUGCUGCCCCAGUCAUGUGUUUGAGUUUGAUUACACCACUUACUCGUACUUUACCUAAAGGUUCCCAAUUCAUCAAUGCAUUGAUUUUGGGUAUUGCCUUGGCUUCAAAUGUGGGAGGUAUGGCUUCACCCAUUGCAUCUCCCCAGAAUAUCAUCGCCAUUGGUGCUAUUGAGCCACAACCAUCAUGGGGUCAAUGGUUUGUUAUAUCAAUACCAGUUUGUGUAUUGACAUUGUUGUUGAUUUGGAUGUUUUUAUUGAUUACAUUCAAUUGUAAUUCUAAAAACACUCAUUUGGUGCCCAUUAGAAUGAUUGAUGAUAAGUUUACCGGUAUUCAAUGGUACAUCCUGGGAGUUUCAUUGGGCACUAUACUAUUGUGGUGUUUUGCAUCUAAAUUGACGGGAAUAUUUGGUGAGAUGGGGAUAAUAUCGUUGAUUCCAAUUAUUUUAUUUUUCGGAUCUGGGUUACUAACUACGGAGGAUUUCAACAACUAUCCUUGGAAUAUUGUUGUAUUGGCAAUGGGUGGUACUGCUUUAGGUAAAGCAGUUGCAUCAUCAGGAUUAUUAAAUACAAUUGCCGUUGAAAUUCAAAAACAAGUUGAAGAUUUUUCAUUAUUCGGUGUUACUUUAACAUUUGGAUUAUUGAUUUUGAUUAUGGCCACGUUUGUGUCUCAUACAGUUGCGGCAUUGAUAAUUAUUCCAUUAGUACAAGAAAUUGGAAACAAUAUGCCAGAACCGCAUCCAAGAUUGUUGAUUAUGGCUAGUGCAUUGUUGUGUUCAGCUGCAAUGGGAUUACCAACAUCCGGGUUCCCCAAUGUUACUGCUAUAUGUAUGACUGAUGAGUUUGGAAAACCAUAUUUGACUGUGAGUACAUUUAUCACGAGAGGUGUACCAAGUUCAUUGAUUGCAUACGGGAUAAUUGUCACUAUAGGAUAUGCUACAAUGAAGAUUAUAAACUUCUGA